UAACGUACUUCCUUACGUGAAUCAGUGAACAGUAUGGUAUUAUUUAGGUUAACGAAACUGGUGGUACUAGCUAGCAACGUACUCCCUUACGUGAAUCAGUGUAAUAUUCUUUAUAUUACGUGCGGAAGCUUUAAAACGGCUCUAUUUCGCAGGUGAUGCUGGUUGGGGACUCCGGAGUUGGGAAGACGUGUGUUUUAGUCCGCUAUAAAGAUGGCGCCUUUCUUUCUGGUGCUUUCAUUUCAACAGUUGGGAUAGAUUUUCGGAAUAAAGUUGUCCCAUUGGAUGAUGCUAAAGUGAAGCUGCAGAUUUGGGACACGGCAGGACAAGAAAGGUUCAGAAGUGUGACGCAUGCGUACUAUAGAGAUGCCCAUGCCUUACUGUUGCUGUACGAUGUUACCAGUAAAAACAGUUUUGAUAACACCAGAGCUUGGCUGGGAGAAAUCAGUGAAUACGCUCAUGAUGACGUAGUAAUUAUGUUGAUAGGCAACAAGGCGGACAUGAAGGAAGAACGUCAAGUAAAGUAUGAGGAUGGAGAAAGACUGGCUGCGGAGUAUGAAGUGGCUUUCAUGGAGACGAGUGCAAAAUCGGGUAUGAACGUGGAACUUGCUUUUCAAGCCGUUGCUAGAGAACUGAAAUAUCGAAAAAUGAGAAAUCCUGACGACCCGAAGUUCAGCGUAACAGAAUAUGUCAAACAUGAAAGUCAAAAAAAUGCCAGCGGCUGUUGCAGCUAAGGCUGAACAAAACAGUGCCACCUAGUGGUGACAAAUGGCUUCCAGUGACGUGGGCGCCUGAGAAACUGCUAUGUUGUGUAAAUGAAUGUUGUUAAUUAUAGUUGUGUUCUGUAUAUCUGAAAAUGGACAAUUAUGUAAUCCCCAACACGUCUCUCAUCACAAAGUACAAAGAAAUGUAAAAAGACUGAAAUCCUGUACUUUACCAUUAAAAACUCGUCAGAUGAGACUUUUGAAACUAGAAGCCGUAUAUGUUCUCUUUAUUGUGGCCUUUAAAAUCCUUCAAGGAUUCUAGUUAGGCUUUGCUGAUGAGAAGAAGGUCCUUGUAGUGAGCUCGUCAGAAAAAAUAUUCUGGAUUCUAAUCUAACAGCUUUUCUGUGUUUGUUGUAUUUUACGUCUCUUUAAGACUAUAUAUAAUGUUGUCAUGACAACAAAAAGUAAGUGUUUGUUUGAAAAACGUACUAAUUGAUAGUGUACAGUUUCAAAGUUAAUGUUGAAAUGGGUAGUAAAUGAGUUUUCGAUCUAUUUCUUUGUAUCCUCAAAUACGCGUCGUCUACUCACCAAAAAGGUUCCCCAUUUCAACAACAACUUUCAAUAGAAAUUAAAACUCUCCGCUGCUUAAAACGCCACUUCACAAACUAAUAUACGUGAAAGGAUAAAUAAAGAAUUAAUGAAAUAUACAUUAUAAUUUCUGAAAUGCUUGACCCACUAAAACUUAAGUUUUUAAUUCUUUAUCUUAGAUAAAAAUUCAUACAACUGGAUAUUAUAAUACAGUGGAGGGUAGGGAAAAUUAGUGCUGCUUUACCCAUUAGUUACGGUUUGUUUUAAUUGUUAUAUUUGUGUUUGUUUGUUCUUGUUUUUUCCGCAAUCUUAGGUGACAUUUUUAGAUUAUACUUCGAUAUAAUAUUUUGUUACACAUACACACAUAUAUAUAUAUUGAAAAGUAUAGAUUUUACACUGUUUAUAAACUACCCACCGUGGCGGCGCCAGCACUCCAAAUUUGUGGGGAGGGGGCAAGUAGGGGACAAGCCAAAAUUUUGUGGGACAAAAUAAGACAUCUUGUACUCACGUGUACUUUUAAAGGGACUCGUUAUUCCCCCCAUAUUUUAGCGUGCUAAAUUAGAUUGAGCCAACGUUGGGCUUCAAUAUAUACUUUAUAUUGAGCUUUGAAACCCCCAAAUUACUCGCAGAUCUUGGAAAGGACCAGAAGGUUUUUGACCAUUGUAGCGUAUCUAGCAAUGUUUUGGGGGAGGGAUAACAAGUCCCUUUAAAAGUUAAUUGAGAAAUAAUGAUCUUUUGAGCAUUAUUUAAUUACAUAAAUAAUUAUUUAGUGCAAUAGUACCAUUAGUAUAUAAAAGUAGGGUUAACGGGAAUACCUGUUAUUGUAGGAUAUAUUUGGUUGACUUCUAGUAUACAAGAAAAAUAACAACACGUAAAACGGUUGUGCGCGUGCGAACGUAUUUUCUUGUUAUAAACAUUACAUUUGCUCUAUGUAUGUAGGAUUGAAUUGGCGGGGGGGGGGGGUCGAAAAGAAAAUUUUGAGUGGGCAAAUACCCCGCCACUGAUUACUCAGUAUAGGAAAUAUGACGUUCGGCUCUCUUUUCUAGUUCUAGCAAACAUAAAGCUGGAUAAGAACUGUUUAUGAGAUUGAAAUGGGACUAAAACAUUUCAUAGUUCAGUCUCAGUCGCCAUGAAAUUAUUCUCAGGUAAAUUGGUGGAGAUCUGUUUCUGUAAACUUGUAGUUAAAUUUAUACUCUCGAUCCCAGGUCUAAUAUAAUACAGUCAUAAAAAAUAAACGGUAAAAUACGUAGAAUUACGUCUUUAAUUUUUAAACGGACGUCACCACGUUGUGUUAUGUAUAUUUUGCAUUUCUCUUCGGAAAAAAAAGAAUAGUAAGACCAUCGAAAAUGUUUACGCGGUGUAAAAUUUGAAGAUUUCUGUUCGUGUGGAGCUGUUUCUAAACUAGUGAACAUGUUAUGUACUACAUUCUGUAACACACUAGUGAAUGUACCCGCGUUUCAAGUGCCAUUUAUUUCAUUGGCUUCGCGGAAAAAGCGAGCCGUCGUUCAUGUAGGUCUAUUGAAUACUGGCUGUCAGCAAGGGUACCUGUACUACGCACUAUUUAAACGUCAUUUUCGUUUGCCGGCGGUUUCACAUUGUAAAAAAUGAAAUAGUUUUGUGACGUCUGGACGCCAAAGUCGAACUGCUCAUCUGAUUGCUUCUCCAUUUAAACCCGAUCUUCGGUAGCGUCUACCAGAGUUCUUCUACCAAACUUCAUCGAAAUUGGUCAGGCGGUGUUGACAACAACAUGUGACGUCAAGACGUCAAAAAGACGGGCGACUCUGCUUUAUACAUAUAUGUAUUAUUAACCUUCAAUUGAUGAAGCGUGGUCUGUGUUAGAGCAGACAAUAUGAUGAAACAGAUGUGGUUAAGACUAAUGUAUUAGCCUCAGUGUUAGUAGUGCACAGUUUGUUCAUGUAUUCUAAACAAACUUCAUAAUCGAUGUUGCUAGGUAACGGUGUUUUUGUUUUGUUGGUCUUUUUUUUUGCCAUUAACUAUAUUUUAAUCUAAGCAAUUAACAGCUAUAUCAUACCUGUAAUGUUUGGGAAUACUUACCCCAAGAAAAACAGAUGUUAAGGUUUUGAAUUUAUCUCCGUAUCCGAAUAACUAGUAGCUAUGUUAACAUUUACACUUGCAUAUUUUUUGAUCAGUUCUAACAAUUCUAGAAGAAAACCGAAUAAACUUUGACUCUGAAUCAUAAACGGGAAAAAUGGGCUAAAAGGUUCUUGAUAUUCUCAAGUAUAUUUUUAUCAAUAUUUUAUAAAGUUUAGUAAUAUCGAAAGAGUCACAGUUGUCAGCAAAAUGAGUUUCUGUGAUAAAUGCUUGUUUCUAUGAGAUUAGAAAUUAACACACGCUGUUUGUUGUUUGAUAAUGUCAUAUCAAAGGAUAUCAUGUUAAAUCAUUCUGACCAUAGGAUAUAUAGUUAAAAAGUUUUUAUAUCUUUACGCCAUCUAUUGGUAUUGAAACAUAAUAGUUUAAUUAUUUAAUGUUUUAGAUGGUAUGUGCAUACUCAGGCGUUUCUUUAUAACACAAACUUCUAAAUUAUUGCAUUAAUGGGUAAUAUUGAUAAUUAAUUAAAUAGAAUCAGCUACAAAAGGUAACACCCGCAUAUGAAAUACUUAACUGUAAAACUUGUACCCCCUUUUACCAAAUUGUUCAUAAUUUCCAUCAUUUGUCUAGUUCAAUCAGUUGGUUAUGGAUAGUUUACACUUUCAUAUUUUGUGGUACCUAUUUAUUUUAAUAGCCCACAGUUUACCCUUUUUAUCGAUUUAGACACUGAAUCUCUGGCUUUUGUGUUACUAAAUUGUUCUAAAGUUUGUUUCAUUUUCUUGGUGAGCUUAUAACAUUUGUUUGGAAAAAAUAUGAUCGCGAACAUUAUAUUCUUACGACAUGGCUGAACGUUAAGUACAAUAUAUAUAAAUGUUUACAUGUUUUUCGUCUUUAUUCUAUAUAAGGAAAUUUAAAUUAUAGUAAUUAUUACUGAAAUCAAGUAUUUUUACUUUUCUUGAUAUUGCUGGUUACACUAAUGGCCGACAAGUGUCGUGAUUAGUAAUCCAAGUACAGCGAUUUAAAAAUCUCUAUUUUGUGAUUGUAUCGGGAACUAGUACCCUUAAAUAACUUUAAAUUGUACUUGAUAUUUAUUCUGUGAUUGUGUCGAAUAAAUGUGUACCUUUACGAUGACCUUGCAUGAUAAGUUGAGAGAAAUGUUAGUAUAAAUUUCAUAUUUUAUAGGUAGUUGUCUAUAGAGAAUAAUCAGGCUUAACGUGGCCAAUAGUGACUUUACCACUCACGAAGCAUCACGACAAACCAUAACACUAGUGCGUCACCAUAUUAUUGAAGAACGUCAUACGAUUGGUUGUAAUUUAGCCUAAGAAUGUUAAAAGUUACAAAGUUGGGAACAUAUAGUAUUUAAUUGGAAUUAUUAAAAGCUUGUGUUUCAUGAUGACACAAUUGUUAUAUUCUUGUUUUCUGUAUUUGAAAUUUAAAAAGUAGAAUUUGUAUAUGAAUGAGUUCCAAUAAAUAAUCAAGUUGUGAAUAAACAUA